CGGCGGCUGCAGGGAGGGCAGAGAGCGGGGUGUAAAGGGGGGAAAAACCGAAAUAAUUCAUCAAUUAAAAAGGAUUUAAUUUGAUUCGGCGCCUUUUUUUGGUUCGUUCCCACAACCAACAACUUCUAUAAGAUGGAAAAUGAACGAUGAGGAGCGUUACAGGGUGCAGCUAACUGACUGAAUCAUGGCUCAGUUUCCCACGCCCUUUGGAGGGGGGCUGGACACGUGGGUUAUCUCUGCGGAUGAGAGAGCCAAACAUGAUCAACAGUUCCAUAGCCUGACCCCCACACCUGCUGGCUUCAUCACAGGUGACCAGGCCAAGAAUUUUUUCCUGCAGUCAGGCUUACCUGCCCCUGUUCUGGCCCAGAUAUGGGGUCUGGCCGACAUGAACAACGAUGGCAAGAUGGAUAUGCACGAGUUCUCCAUCGCCAUGAAGCUAAUCAAGCUGAAGCUGCAGGGUCACCCGCUGCCCCCGAGCUUGCCCCCUUCCAUGAAGCAGCCGCCUCUCUCUUUACCUCCUCCAGCUCCUUUCGGAAUGCCCAGUAUGGGCCCCAUGACGGGUUUACCAGCAGUGCCACCCAUGCCCCUCCCACCUCUUCCUCCUGGGGUACCCGGGAUGGGCAUGUCACCUCCAUUGGUGUCGUCGGUGACUCCUCCUGUACCUCCUAUGGCCAAUGGAGCCCCUUCGAUGAUGCAGCCCAUAUCAGGCUUUUCACACCCAGCCACAGCUGUCAACAAAACCUCUUCUUUCAACCGCUCCAGUGCCAAACUUCCCAAAGGCCAGUCUUUUGAGAUACCCAGUGCUCCUGCGGCCCCUGUACCCACCGAUUGGGCCGUGCCCCAGUCGUCACGGCUAAAGUAUCGCCAACUCUUCAACAGCCAUGACAAGAUGAUGAGCGGCCAUCUUACAGGACCACAGGCUAGGACUAUUCUCAUGCAGUCCAGUUUACCACAGACCCAGCUGGCUACCAUUUGGAACCUAUCAGACAUCGAUCAGGACGGAAAGCUCACAGCUGAGGAGUUUAUUUUGGCCAUGCACUUGAUUGACAUGGCCAUGUCUGGCCUGCCCCUCCCACCUCUGCUCCCACCGGACCUUCUUCCCCCGACUUUCAGGAGGGUGCGUUCAGGAAGCGGUGUCAGUAUAACCAGCAUACACGCUACAGAUCAGCGAGUCCAGGAGGAGUCUGCAGAAGAAGAAGAGAAAGAGGCAGAAAAAAAGCUUCCAGUCACCUUUGAGGACAAGAAGCGGGAGAACUUUGAGCGGGGAAACCUGGAGUUGGAGAAGCGGCGACAGGCCCUACUGGAGCAGCAGCGUAAGGAGCAGGAGCGCCUGGCUGCUCUCGAGCGUGAGGAGCAGGAGCGGAAGGAGCGAGAACGCCAGGAGCAGGAGCGCCGUCGACAACAGGAGCUCGAGAAGCAGCUGGAAAAGCAGCGAGAGCUGGAGAGACAGCGUGAAGAGGAGCGGCGCAAGGAGAUCGAGAGGAGAGAGGCCGCCAAGCGGGAACUGGAGCGGCAGCGUCAGCUGGAGUGGGAGAGGAACCGCAGACAAGAGCUACUGACCCAGAGGAACCGGGAACAGGAGAACAUUGUCCUGCUCAAAGCGCGCAAGAAAACCCUGGAGUUUGAACUGGAGGCUUUGAAUGAUAAGAAGUCUCAGCUGGAAGGGAAGUUGCAGGAUAUUCGUUUCCGUCUGUCCACUCAGAGGCAGGAGAUUGAGUGCACUAAUAAGACGCGAGAGCUCCGUAUCGCUGAGAUCACCACGCUGCAGCAGCAGCUACAGGAGUCUCAGCAGUGGCUGGGAAGGCUGAUUCCUGAUAAGCAGUGUCUGAAUGAUCAACUGAAGCAGGUGCAGCAGAACAGCCUACAUAGGGACUCUCUGUCCAACCUGCAGAAGGCCGUGGAGAUGAAGGAGUCGACGAGGCAGCAACUCCGCGAGCAGCUGGAAGCCGUGGAGAAAGAGACGCGCUCCAAACUGCUAGAGAUAGACUCAUUUAAUGCACAGCUGAAGACAGGUGCAGAGAAGUGUGGGCUAACCGAGUCGAAGGAGCUCAGGGAAAUCCACAACAAGCAGCAGCGGCUAAAGCAAAAAGAGUUGCAGCCUGCACUGGAUGCCAAACCUGCAGAGCUGCAGGAGAGCAGACUUUUGGCUUCUAAUGACAGAGUGUCUCCUGCCUGGCGGGACUCUACGUUAGCAAAGGACCCCACACCGCCUGCCUCUGAGCCCUGGGUCAGCCACCUGGGAGAGGAAGAGAGCCAGAGCUCCAGAGGAGAUGUGCAGGACAAAUUGUCCAAGCUGUUUCUGCAGCAACCAGAGCCAAACAAACAGCUGGGGCAGUCACCCUGGCCUACAGGAGAUAAGGUGUCCAUGUCUGGUUUUAACCAGGAGAAGGUAAGAGUGGUGUACUACAGAGCACUUUACCCUUUCGAGGCCCGCAGUCAUGAUGAGAUCAGCAUCCAGCCUGGAGACAUAGUCAUGGUGGACGAAUCUCAGACGGGCGAACCUGGAUGGUUAGGAGGAGAGAUCAAAGGAAAGACCGGCUGGUUUCCUGCUAACUAUGCAGAGAAGAUUCCAGAAUCUGAAGUCCCUCUCAAUCUGAGAGCCAGCGCCUUCACCUCCAAGCUGAGUACACACACCACCCCCAGCUCGACCCCACCCACAGCCAUGCAACCGGUCACCACAGAGACAGUUGUGGUGGCUCCGCCCCCUACAGCUCCAGCCGCUCCAGCCGCUGCCUCCUCCUCAUCAUCUGCUUCUAGUAACUGGGCAGAUUUUAGCACUACAUGGCCGACGAACUCAGCGAUGGAGAAGCAGGACGCUGAUGGUUGGGAGGCGUGGCCAACCCAACCGACGCAGCCCUCUCUGUCUGUGCCAACUGGAGGGCAAGGCCGACAACGCUCAGCCUUCACUCCUGCCACCCUCUCUGGCUCCUCCCCCUCACCUGUGCUCGGACAGGGGGAGAAGGUGGAGGGGAUGCAGGCUCAGGCUCUGUACCCGUGGCGGGCAAAGAAGGAUAACCACCUGAACUUCAACAAGAGUGACGUGAUCACCGUACUGGAGCAGCAGGAUAUGUGGUGGUUCGGCGAAGUGCAGGGCCAGAGAGGCUGGUUCCCCAAAUCUUACGUCAAGCUCAUUUCCGGACCCGUGCGCAAGUCCAUGAGUAUUGAGUCAGGAUCCUCUGAUAGUCCACCCACCAUGAAGAGGCCCAGCCCUACUCCUAACAAACCCACGGAGCUUGGUGAAGUUUCCACAGAGUACAUAGCGAUGUACACGUAUGAAAGCAGCGAGCAAGGUGACCUGACCUUCCAGCAGGGUGAUGUCAUCACCGUGCUUAAGAAAGAGGGAGAUUGGUGGACGGGAACAGUAGGAGGCAAGACGGGCGUGUUCCCCUCCAAUUACGUCAAGCCCAAGGACUCUGAGGGUCUGGGGCCUGCUGGGAAAUCUGGAAGUUUGGGAAAGAAACCAGAGAUCGCUCAGGUGAUUGCCCCGUACACUGCCACUGGGUUAGAGCAGCUGACUCUAGCACCUGGCCAGCUCAUCCUCAUCCGCAAGAAGAACCCCGGGGGCUGGUGGGAGGGAGAACUACAGGCCAGAGGAAAGAAGCGUCAGAUUGGCUGGUUCCCAGCUAAUUAUGUGAAACUCUUAAGCCCAAGCACCAGUAAGACCACGCCCACUGAGCCAACUCCGCCCAAACUGCCUACACCAAAUGCAGUGUGCCAGGUGAUCGGCAUGUACGACUACACGGCUCAGAACGAUGACGAGUUGCCCUUUGGGAAGGGGCAGAUCAUCAACGUGCUGAGCAGGGAGGAUCCUGAUUGGUGGAAAGGCGAGCUGAAUGGUUCCAUCGGCCUUUUCCCUUCCAACUACGUCAAACUGACCACCGACACAGACCCCAGCCAGCAAUGGUGUGCUGACCUCCACCUGCUGGAUAUGUUGACCCCGAUGGAGAGGAAAAGGCAAGGCUACAUCCACGAGCUCAUCGUCACCGAGGAGAACUACGUCAACGACCUGCAGUUAGUCACUGAGACCUUCCAGAAGCCUCUGCUGGAGUCGGAGUUGCUGACUGAGAAGGAGGUGGCCAUGAUCUUUGUCAACUGGAAGGAGCUCAUCAUGUGCAACAUCAAAUUGCUGAAGGCGUUGCGGGUAAGAAAGAAGAUGUCGGGUGAGCGCAUGCCUGUGAAGAUGAUUGGUGAUAUACUGACAGCACAACUGCCCCACAUGCAGCCCUACAUCCGCUUCUGCAGCUGUCAGCUCAACGGCGCUACCCUCAUCCAGCAGAAGACAGACGAGGUGCCCGACUUCAAGGACUUUGUCAAGAGGUUGGCCAUGGAUCCUCGCUGUAAAGGAAUGCCUUUGUCUAGUUUCCUGCUCAAACCCAUGCAGAGAGUCACCCGCUACCCUCUUAUCAUCAAAAAUAUUCUGGAAAACACUCCGGAAAGCCACCCGGACCACAGCCACUUGCGUCAGGCUCUGGAGAAGGCCGAGGAGCUGUGCUCGCAGGUGAACGAGGGCGUGCGUGAGAAGGAGAACUCGGACCGCCUGGAGUGGAUACAAGCGCACGUGCAGUGUGAGGGGCUGUCUGAGCAACUGGUAUUCAACUCGGUGACAAACUGCCUCGGCCCUCGUAAGUUCCUGCACAGCGGGAAGCUCUACAAGGCCAAGAGCAACAAGGAGCUCUAUGGUUUCCUCUUCAACGACUUCCUGCUCCUGACGCAAGUCACCAGGCCACUGGGCUCCUCGGCUUCCGACAAAGUGUUCAGCGCCAAGUCCCACCUGCAGUACCGCAUGUACAAAACGCCCAUAUUCCUGAACGAGGUUCUGGUGAAGCUCCCUACUGACCCAUCUGGAGACGAGCCCAUCUUUCAUAUAUCUCACAUAGACAGAGUGUACACCAUACGGGCAGAAAGCAUUAAUGAGAGGACCGCAUGGGUGCAGAAGAUCAAGGCUGCUUCUGAGCUUUUUAUUGAGACAGAGAAGAAGAAAAGGGAGAAAGCAUAUCUAGUGCGGUCUCAGAGAGCUACAGGCAUUGGUAGACUGAUGGUCAACAUUGUAGAAGGAAUUGAGUUGAAACCCUGCCGCUCUCAUGGUAAGAGUAAUCCAUACUGUGAGGUGACCAUGGGCUCACAGUGUCACAUCACUAAGACCGUGCAGGACACACUGAACCCCAAGUGGAACUCUAACUGCCAGUUUUUCAUUAAAGACCUGGAACAGGAUGUGCUGUGUGUAACCGUGUUCGAGAGGGACCAAUUCUCACCUGAUGAUUUCCUAGGCAGGACAGAGAUUCGGCUGGCGGACAUUAAAAAGGAUCAGGGUUCGAAAGGUCCGAUCACUAAGAGGCUUCUCUUACACGAGGUCCCCACAGGAGAAAUAGUGGUCAGACUCGACCUGCAGCUAUUUGAUGAACCCUGACCCUCAUGAACUUUGACCUCCUCCACCCUAGAUUUCACACUUCCUCCUGUGCUGUGUUACCAGCCUAAUGUGACAAUCCCACACCACUCUACACCCUGUCCCUGUGUGUGUGUGUGUGUGUGUGUGUGUGUUAGAGAGAGAGGAAGUACGAGAGGAUGGAUGUCAAUAUCAGAGUAAGCUGUAACAGUCUUAAACAAUCAUUCAUUUUCAUUUUUUAAAAAUUUCACUUGAAAGAAUAUUGUGGUUUAUAGACGUGUGUUAAAGGGAUACUCCUUAAACUCCUACGUUUCUCAGCGUAAUGUUUCGCCACAGCAUAUGUAGUGUUUACUUUAAGGUUUGGAGCAUUUCUCUGUAGUGAGAAAAGAACAAAAAAACUGUUUACUCAAAACUCACUUACAAUGGAAGUAUAGGGGCAGUUGUUAAAGGUGUAAAAUGCAUGGCUGUACAGUGAAACGAAAGCCAUUAAUGGUUUUAUCAUGGAUUAGAAAAGAGAGAAAAUGAUUACAAAAGCUGUUCACAUUGUUUUGUAGUUCGCAAAUUCGGUGUUCAAAAUGAACAGAUAAUAUUCACGUUCCAGCAUGACAACGCCCCUGUGCACUAAGCGACAUCUAUAGAGACAUGGUUUGCUGAUGUUGGAGUGGAAGAGCUCGAGUGUCCUGCACCCUCAACCCCACUGAACACGUUUGGGAUGAACAGGAAUACCGACUGCACCCCAGACCUCCUCACCCGACAUCAGUACCUGACCUCACUACUGCUCUAGUAGCUGAAUGAACACAAAUCCCCACCGUCACACUCCAAAGUCUAGUGGAAAGCCUUCCCAGAAGAGUGGACGUUAUUAUAACAGCAAAGGGUGGACGUUCAACAAACACAUAUGAGUGUUAUGGUCAGGUGUCCACAAACUUUUGGCCAUAUAGUGUACCUUCAAAAACCGUUAAAAAACAGUCCCCCUCUCAUCCCCCUAGUGGAGACUAAUUAUGAAAUGGAGUGAUGUAGCUGAGGUUGAGGAACUCCUCCCCCGCCCCUUUUGUUUCCAGGGUCAUAGUUUCAAAAAAAAAAAAAAAGACUGUAAUUGAGAUUUGGAACACUAAAGAUAUACAGAUCGUGUGUCAUUGUGAUACACCUGUAGUGUCUAUGGUCCUUACAUACAACUGCAAACUAUUAUACAGAUGUAGAGCAUUAUUUAUUCAUAAACAAAUGUUUUUCACAUAAACCUUUAUUGACCCAAUAGCUGCCCAUAAACUUCCAUUAUAAGUGAGAUUUGUUUAAAAAUAUAUAUAUUUUUUGUCAAAAAUGUGUAAAGAUUCUGAUCUGAGGUAAUCCUACAUAGACUACAGAUUUGCUGGAUAGAUAUUAUGUUGUAAAAUGCUGGAUUACUCCUUUAACAAUCAUGGAAGCCCAGAGUGAAUUAAACGAUGAUGUAAAAUCAUUAAUAAAUUCGACUAAAUGAUUGGUAUGCUAAAUCAUCUAAAACUAGUUUGGGUUUAUGACAGGCUGUUCGUGUUCUAGCAAACAAACUCGUAUCUCAACUGAUUGAGCUUAAAAAUGUGGACGAUAUUGUAAACGAUUUGUUCUUGAACACGUAUCCCAGUAGAGUGUUAUAUGCAAAAUAUGUGACUCCAGGGUUUUGCUGUAUUGGGAUGUUUGUGUGCAGAAAGAAAGAAAAAAAAAAAACCUCACAUGAACACUCCGGUCUUAUUUCACAAUGAUAUGCUGUGCUGUUUUAUUUAUCCUUCGAUUUGUAUUCCAAACGGUGUCGUAAUCAGCAGGCUGGUUUGGGGAAAAUGUUACUAAGAUCGCAAUCGUGACAUGAUGUUUAUCCGUCAAUAUUCAGAUCUAGCUCGGGGUUGUUGUUUUUUUUAUUCCUCUAUACUCUUUUGGGGGGGAAGGGUUCCUCAAGGGUUCUUCUGGUGGUUAAUGACCUAGACCUUCAGAGUGCCAGGUGUGAAGGUGAAAGUGAAGGUGAAAUGUGCGGAGAAGGGCGGUGAACAUUUGAUUAACAAAGUGACCAAGACUGAUUACUGAAGUUAAUUCCUGACCAAGUAUAAGCAUUUUUUUUUUUUUUUACUUAUGUAGAAAUACCACUGGAUUUUAAUCCUUCAAACUACUUUUAUUGCUAAUCCAGCAUUAUUUACCGUCAUGUUCCUCCUCUAUUAGCGUCAAAUACGUCUGAAAUGCUGUAAAUGCAGAGCCAAUGAUGAGUACAGAAUGAUUCGAUUUUUUUCUGUCUUGUCGUCCCUUUUCAUGGGUUUCAUUUUGUAAGAUAUGUAACACUGAGUAAUAUUUAUGAUCAAUUUUGUAUUACUAAUAUGUUUCCUCUUUUUUUUUAUAUAUAUAUGUAUAAUUUUUACUGUCCAGUCCUUCCUUUAAACGAUGAGUCCUGCUUAGAGCGUAGCAGUUAGAAGGUAGAGGUUAACACUGUAAUUGGAUUAUAUUUGUAAAGAUGAGAAGUAUCAGGGUGUGUUUCAUAGUGUAUGUGUUUCUUUUUGUUUGUUUGUUUGUUUUUUUGAGUUGUAAAUGGAAUAUAGUGGUACAGAGCAGGAGAAUACAGGAAGUUGUAUUACAUAGAAGUGAUGUGUAUAAAUGGUGUAUUUUCAAGAGUUCAGAGAUCAGGACAGACGAUUUUCUCCCACAUUGCAUUUCUUAAAAAAGAAAAAAAAAAUGGCACUGGUUCUUCAGAAUAUAUUUCUACAUUUCAUUAUUGUUGUUUUGUUUCAUUCUGGGAUUUGAAAGUGAAUAGUUUGGGUGGAAGGGGUGAGAAUGGUAGCAUUACUAAGCUGAGAAGAGUAAAGUCGAAAGAGAGUGAGAGAGAAAUAUUUUGUUUAGAGGACAUUGAAGGGUUACUCUUACCUCUCUCUCCUUGCAUCUGUCUGUCCCUCAUCUCUCUCUCUCUCUCUCUCUCUCUCUCUCUCUCUCUCUCUCUCUCUCUCUCUCUCUGUACAUUAUGAAUCUGUAGGCUCUUCCCCUGUAUUUUUUAUCGAGUCCCAAUGAGUCGACGGUACCGUAUGUGUUUGUGUUUAAAAUCUUUGAGAGGAGUAUAAUAUAUUACGACUUGAAGAAUAAUUAUGUUGAUGACAGCAUAUUGUUAUCAAUGUAGAAGCAGUGUAUUGUCUUAAACGUUGCAAUUAAAGCUCAGUUGGACCAAGAAAUAAUGACUCUGUGGUGUUUCGUCUAAAACGUUUAUUACCUUUGUCUUUUAAUUGUUUGUGUGUGUGUCAUGUUGUAAUGUUCAAAGGAGCAGAUGAAAUAUAAACAGUCCGUAUAGCAUUUCACUGAGUGUUUUUUUAAUUUUAUUUUUUUUAUGAUUCUUGCAGCCAAAAAUGCAUGGUUUUGCUGUGGGGUUUUUUCAACUUACAGAGUUUUUGUACUUUUUUGCAAAAAAAACUACUUGAAUGGUGAAUUUGCAGUUGCACAAAAUAGUUUUGCACGGGCUUUCGUAGUGAUGAUUGUUGGUAAAUGACAUGUGGAUGUUAUUUUGACACGUACCACCUACCUAAACAUUGUUGCAGACCUAGUACACCCCUUCAUGGCAAUGGUAUUCCCUAAUUGCAGUGCCCUUUUUCAGCAGAAUAAUGCACCCUGUGACAGUGCAGACAUUGCUCAGGAAUGGUUUGAGGAACAUGACAAAGAGUUCACGGUGUUGACUUGGCCUCCAAAUUCCCCAAAUCUCAAUCUGAUCGAAGAUGUUCUGGACAAACAAGUCUGAUCCAUGGAGGCACAACCUCGCAACUUACAGGACUGUUGCUAAAGUCUUGGUGCCAGAUACCACAGCACACCUUCAGAGGACUUGUGGAGUCCAUGCCUCGACGGGUC